UUAAUUAAGGAACUAAUCCACGUUUUAUUAUUGUUAUUAGUGCAUGUCAUCAUUCAAUAUUUAUAUUUACGUCCUUCUAUUUAAGUUUUCACCGUUUAUUUUACAAUUUUUAUUAUUAUUAUUUAUUUUUCUUUUUUUCCCCUUUUUCCAUCUGGAAUGCUGCUAAAUUAAUGCAUAAUUUGGAUCAUGUUUUGUACAACAGUUUUCUUUUCUACUAACAUUUAACAAUAUUCUACAUCAAUUGGAUAUAUAUAUGGUUUAGAAUGACGGAAUUCAUCCACGUUUUAAAUGUUAUAAGUGCAUCAUUCAAUCUGUAUCUGCUAUUGGAUCAGGAAAUCAGAAUGAAUAAAUAAAUAAAUAAAUAAAUAAAUAAAUAAAUAAAUAAAUAAAUAAAUAAAUCUAAUUGUUUUCUGUAAAACUCCACCAGACUGUUGUUGUAAAUGUCCCCACAUACUACUGUGGUGAUUUUCACAUUUUACUGUAUCAUUCUUUAAUAAUUGCAUGCCAAAUUAUGACAAAUGAUAGCUUCAUCAUUAUACAAUAAAAGUUGGAAAAUGAAUUCCGUCACUUAAAAAAUAAUAAUAAUAAUAAGAAGAAAAAAAUAAUAGAUCUAAUUGAUAUAGAAUAUAAAAUUGUUGUACAAAAUAAUCCAAAUUAUGCAUUAAUUUAUCAGCAUUCCACAUUAAAAAAGGAAAAAGUAUACAGCUUUGAACCCUAAAAGACAAAUAAAAACACAAUUAUAGUAACAUAAAUGGUGAAAACUUAAAUAGACGGCCGAGAAUAUGAAUAUGAAUAAAUAUGACAGCCGAAGGUGGAUUUGCUAAAGAAGACGGGAGCGCCUUUAACACACGCUCGCACGUUGAUCUACCACCCACCGCCGAGUAGACGUGCAAUGAACUUGAAGCGCAGAUAGCGUGGCCGCAGUAGAGGACGACGAAGAGAAAGACUUUGAAGAAGUUCGUUUCUGAACAGACAGCAGAUCUUUGUGAUUCUCGAGGUUAUUCGUGUUUGAAACCGUCGUUCAGAAAGUGAAAGUAAAGUUUAGGUUGCUGGAGCUCAAACAGUGAAAAUGGCUUCAUCAGCUGAAUAUGACUAUAAUUGUCCCGUGUGCUGUGAUAUAUUCAAGACUCCUGUUAUUUUAUCAUGUUGUCACAGUGUCUGUAAAGAGUGUCUUCAACAGUUCUGAAGAACCAAGAAAACUCAGGAGUGUCCUGUCUGCAGGAGAAGAUCAUCAAAAUCUAGUCAUCCAUUAAAUCUGGCAUUACAAAACUUGUGUGAGUCGUUCAUGGAGGAGAGAAAUGAGAGUCGUUCAUCAGGAUCUGAGGAGAUCUGCAGUUUACACAGUGAGAAACUCAAACUCUUCUGUCUGGAGGACAAACAGCCGGUGUGUGUAGUGUGCAGAGAUUCAGAGAAACACGUCAGUCACACAUUCAGACCCAUCAGUGAAGUUGUUCCUUCAUAUAAGGAGGAGCUCAAUACAGAACUGAAGUCCUUACAGGAGAAACUUCAACACAAUGCAAAAAUGAAAGGAGAGUUUGAGAAAACAGUUCAACACAUCAAGUCUCAAGCUGAGGACACAGAGCGUCAGAUUAAACAGCAGUUUGAGAAGCUUCAUCAGUUUCUCAGAGAUGAAGAAGAAGCUACAAUUACUGCACUGAGAGAGGAAGAGGAGCUGAAGAAGCAGAUGAUGAAGGGGAAGCUGAAGGAGAUGAACAGACACAUCUCAGCUCUUUCACACACAAUCAAAGACACAGAGGAGAUGAUGAAAGCCAGUGACGUCUGCUUUCUGAAGGAGUUUCCAGUCACGAUGGAAAGAGUCCAGAUCUCAUCACAGCCGGAUCCACAGACUCCUUCUGGAGCUUUGAUUCAUGUGCCACGUUACUUGGGCAACCUGCCCUUCAGAGUCUGGAAGAAAAUGCAGGACAUCAUCCAAAACACUCCUUUGAUUCUGGAUCCAAACACUGGACAUCCACGUCUCGUCCUGUCUGAUGAUCUGACCAGUGUGAGACUAAGCAUGAACAAUCAACCUCUUCCUGAUAAUCUAGAGAGAUUUAACUAUUAUCCCUGUGUUCUGGGUUCAGAGGGUUUUAACUCAGGAACACACUGCUGGGAUGUGGAGGUUAAAGAAAGUCCAGUCUGGAUACUUGGAGUAACUACAGAAUCAAACCAGAGGAAGGGAGGUGUUUUCUUUAACACUGAUGUCUGGAGUGUGACGAACAGAUGUUCUGACAGGCUUGGUUUUCGUGUUAAACAGAAGCUUGAGCGUGUGAGAGUUGAUCUGGACUAUGACAGAGGAACAGUGUCAUUCUCUGAUCCUGUAACUAACACACAUCUACACACAUUCACAACCACCUUCACUCACACACUCUUUCCUUUCUUCUGGUGUGGUUUCUCUCUGAGGAUAUUAUCAUUCAAUGGUCAAUAAAUGUUACUCCUGUAGUAAUAUUUAAUCAAUAUCACAAUUUCAAUAUUUGUUCAGCAUGAGACUCAAAGAAUAAUUGUUUAUUUCAGUUAAAUGAUAAUUUUUUCAUUGAUGUAAUAUACAUACUUACUAUAGAAUACUUUUUAAAAACUGUUUAUAUCGGUUUAUAAUCUCUGGGAUUCUGAACAAAGUUUGAAAAUAAUAACAAUUGCUAAAUAUUUUUUUUGUAAUAUUAAUAAUGUGAUUAUAUGAUUUUAAUAAUUAAAGGUUAGAUGUUUGGUCAUGAUUGUCACAGUGCGAAAGAGGCGAAGACGCAAAUGCAGGCAGAAUGGUCCUUUUAAUACAAAAAUGAAACAAAACUAACAAAAACCACCCCGAGGGGGACAAACAGGCAGGCUAGAAACUGUUCUACAAACAGACAUAACAUCAUGAUGGAAAACAACAGAUCGGCACAGGAUUACAGACACCAGGAGAAUAAAUAGGGAACCUAACAGGGAGACACAGGUGUGGCAACUAAAACAAUAAUGAUGUAACUAGAUGGGUGGGGUCAGAAAAUAGACAGGAUAGAGCACAUGGCACCAAAUAAAACACAACACUCACAAAAAGACAGUGCCAUCUGGUGGCCCUCCCAAGCAUAACAGCUGAAGACUGUGACACUGAUAAGUAGGGUUUAAUCAUGGAAAUGCAUUCAGUGGGAACCCUGAGAAGUGAUUAUUUAUGUUUCUCAAUAAAUGAAUGUAAUUGACUUGCUUGUUUAAAUCAGCUGUGUUUCUGUCAGCAGUGGAAAUUUCAUUACAACAUGACAGUCAUACAAAUAUUGAUUAAACAAUCUGAUUAAAAAGGAUUUACUCAUUA